AUGGAUCAUGAACUGGUUCGUUCGAAAAAGAGUAUCAAGCGAGCAGAGUCCACAAAAUCACAUCCAUGGUGGUGGGAUAGUCAUAUCGGCCUCAAAAAUUCAAAGUGGCUCGAGAAUAAUCUCGAUGAAAUGGACCGGAGCGUGAAACGGAUGGUGAAGCUGAUAGAGGAGGAUGCAGAUUCGUUUGCCAAGAAGGCGGAGAUGUAUUACCAGAAGAGACCUGAGCUUAUCAGCCUCGUCGACGAGUUUCACCGCAUGUACCGUUCCCUGGCAGAGCGGUACGAGAACAUCACCGGAGAGUUGAGAAAGGGCUCUCCUUUAGAGCUUCAGUCACAAGGCUCUGGCUUCUCUGACGUCUCCUCCUCUGACCUCGCCACCGAGCUUAACCGGUUAGGCCGUCCUCCUUCCCGUCGCGCUCCUGGCUUUGACUACUUCCUCGGCUCUGGAGGACAUCCUUCUGAUCAUGGAGAUGACUCUGCUUCGAUUACAGAUUCCGAAUUGGAAUCUGACGAUUCCUCUGUGGUUACUGUCCCUGGUUAUGUGAGCAUCGGCAGUGAUUUUCAGUCGCUGAGCAAGAGGGUCGCUGAUCUUGAGAUUGAGCUCCGUGAAGCCAAAGAGAGACUCAGGAUGCAAAUGCAACUUGAAGUCAACACUGAGAGCAUCUUGACAAGGGUCAAAAGCGAGACUAAGUUCAUUGACUUCCCAGCGAAGCUUGCUGCUUGUGAGCAAGAACUGAGAGAUGCGAACGAGAAGAUACAGAGCUCGGAAGACCAGAUUUACAUGUUAAAGAGUCAGCUCGCUAGAUACUUGCCGUUAGAGCUGGAUGACGAACAUGGUGAAGAGGAAGCUUCUACUCAAGAAGACAUGGACAUUUCUGAAGAGCUGAGAGUUACAAUCCUGAGGCUAAGGGAGGCAGAGAAAGAAAACGGUAUCAUGAGAAAAGAAGUUGAGAAAUGCAGGUCUGAUGACGCGAAGGUCAAGAGCCUGCAACACAUGCUUGAGUCGGCGCAGAAAGAGACAGCUGCAUGGAAAAACAAGUCUAGUGCUGAUAGGAGAGAGGUGGUGAAGCUGCUUGAUAGAGUGUCUAUGAUGAAGUCGAGUUUAGCAGGUAGAGAUCAUGAGAUCAGGGAUCUGAAGACGGCAGUUUCUGACGCUGAGGAGAAGAUAUUCCCGGAGAAGGCGCAGGUCAAAGCAGAGAUAACCAAGCUGUUGGAGGAGAAAACGCAGCGUGAUGAGCUGUUCAAGGUGCUUGAAGCACAAGUGCGUUAUCUUGAAGACGAGAUAAGAAAGGUGAGUAGUGAGAAAAUGGAAGAGGAGGAGAGGUUUAAGGGAGAAAUCGAGGUGCUGACAGAGGAGAAGGCGGAGAAAGAUAGAUGCGUAGAGAGGUUAAGCAAAAGGGUGAGUGAGAUAGAAGCAGAGAUGAGUCGGCUUGGAGAUGAGAUGAAAGCAAAAGACGGUAGGACAGUAGAGAUGGAGAAGGAGGUAGAGAAGCAGAGGAAGGAGCUAGAAGAAGUAGCAGAAGAGAAGAGGGAAGUGAUAAGACAGCUCUGUUUUUCGUUGGACUACUGCAAAGACGAGUGCAAGAGACUACGCGAGGCCUUUUCAGGACAUCAUCGACCAAAGAGACCUUCCUCCAUUCUUGCUUCUUGA